CACAGGAAUUCGUUUCGUUCCUCGAUGUCCGGUUUGAAAAUGGCCUUACCUUGAAUCACAUUGAUUAGAUUUUCACAACAAUGUCGAGUAUUGUCCCGAAACACGACCGACUCCUCCCUCGGAGCCCUCCCCGGGCCCUGCGGAGCAGAAGUUGUUGGUCCCUCAGUUGCCAGCACGCGAAAAAAUUUUUAGUCUUCUGGCUUACGGUUUCGGGUUUUGAUUAUUUCGGAAGGAUGACCACGAGGACCAACAUACUCAUGGCUAACAGCAGCGGGGGAAAUAAAGGGCAUCUUGUCGCGGUGUCUGCAUUUUCAUCUCCGUCCGUGAGGAGGAAAGUGCACGAAGAUGAUAAGGAAGAGAAUGAUGUUGAUCAUCAUCUCCACCUCCUGGGUCACCGAAAUGAAACACGCCUUGAUGUUCGAGGAAGACUUGGUGGUUCGGGGGUGGGUGGUGAGAACAUGACGAGCCCAGGAACCCUCCUCCAGAUGCAGGAGGCGUCUUCCACACUGGUGCAAACGUCGGAGCAGGGGUGCCAAGUAAAGAGCCCCUGUGAGUUGGCGGAGCUUGAUAUGUCGCGCCAGUGGGGUUUCAACGGUAAAGAAUCCGCGAAGAUCAACGACGACGAAGCAAGAGAAAGCUUUUUCAAAAGCCAAAAAAUGAAGCUUCGAAAGCCACUGUACCAGUUGAUCGGACCCGGACCCGAAGAAGCUUCUAGCAUCGACACUCAGUUAGAACAUAUGGGAGAACGCGUACGAGAUGCGCCCCUCUACUUCUACUUUUUCGCUCGGGAAAUACGUGCGGCAUACUGGGUUAUGACCGGAACAUUUGUCGACAGAUACCUGCCGUACCAAUUCUUGUUCCACACUGCCACGAAGACGAUGUUUCCUAUUCUUCACUUUUCCCUCACGGGCCAGCGCCCUUCCCAGCAGCAGGCUAUUGCUUCUGUCGACCGCGAUCUGCAAUACCCCCAGUUAAACGGGCGCACGGGAACACUUUACUCCGUCGCAAGUGACAUGGAGCACGGUUUCGCAUUUGCGAGGGACGUUGAAGCGCAAAGCAACUUUUUUGUCUAUUAUACUCGAGAACCUACAACUGGUACGCAAGGAAAAGGUCAAGGACAGGAAGCUAAUCGGGGAAGAACGCUUGCUCUCGACAUUGCGUUCUGGAACAUGGUAUCCGAGGCAGACAAAGACAUAUUUCCAAAAAUUCAUCGAUGGACCCAAGAACUUACCCUGAAGAAAAAUGCACCCACACAGUUGUCAAUUUGGGAACUCUGCAACACACGAGAGAGAAGAAGAGGAGGAUGAGAGGAGGCGAGGAAUUCAUGCGUUCUCCUCUCCGUCUCCAUCUUCCGUCUCGUCGUCAUCGUCCUCUUCUUUCGUCCAUCUCUCUCCGUGUCUCGUCUCCUUCUCUCUUCUUCCAUUUCCCUUCUCUCUCUCUCUCGCCUCUCUUCAUCUUAUCUCUUCUCUCUCUCCUCCUCUCGUUCUCUUCUCAUUCUUUCUGUUCUCUUUCUCCGUCAUCUUUCCGUCUUAUCCCUUCUCUUUCUCUAUUUCCAUCGUCUUCCUUCUCUCCAACGAGACGGAGACGAAAUGA